CCGUGUUAGCGAAGGUUUACCAUGAACCUCCAUAAUCCUUUAGUGUCAAUCGUAAUCAUGAUUACGAUUCCUAUAAUAGUGACCACAAAAAAUGAAAAAAGACUGGCAAAUUUAAAUUUCGCUGAGAGCUUGUAUGCCCAAUUAUCAGGAGCAUGCCGAGCGAUAAUGGACCUUCAACUAAGCUCAAUGAAUAGUCAAAAUGAAAUAUUGAAAACUAUGAAAAUAAUUUUCGUAACUAAAGCAGGCUCGCGAAUGUAUCCCAUCGGCAAUGCCUUUCAGAAUCUCACUAGCCCUGAUGUAUUUGACAUAACAAAACAAACGAAAAUUAUUAUACAUGGCUAUAGAGAUACGUCACAGUCAUCGGUAUCAACAGAUAUUGCAAAAGCUUAUAUAAAUAAGGAAAUGUUUAAUGUCCUCUUAAUAGAUGCUGAGGAAAUGAUGAAUCAAAGAUACACGUUAUCCGUACAUAAUGCGAGAUUAAUGGGCAAAAGAUUAGCAAAUUUACUGGCAAAUUUAGAAACUUUUGGUGCGAGCGCGGAAGAUUUUCAUCUGAUCGGUAUAAGUUUAGGAGCACAUAUAGCUGGAUGGACUGGAAAAUACUUCCAUAAAUACAAAUCGCAGUUGCUGGGGCGAAUUACAGGUUUAGAUCCAGCAGGACCUUGCUUUUCAUUUGCUUACACAGACCAAAGAUUAGAUAAAACAGAUGCUAGGUAUGUGGACGUAUUACAUACAAAUAGAUUAGUCCAAGGAAUUAUUGAACCUCUUGGCCAUGCGGAUUUUUAUAUAAACGGCGGGGGACCACAACAACCAGGAUGUGUCAUGCCUUCGUGUAGUCAUCUUAGAGCAGCAGAAAUUUAUACAGAGAGCAUAAAUACUCCAAAGUUAUUCAUUGGUAUUCGUUGUCAAAGUUGGCAGAAUUUUAAAACAAAUACAUGCGAUAGUAAAGAUUUCGCGGUUCUGGGCUAUGGUUCGUCAACCUCGACCCGGGGUCUUUAUUACCUGCGUACAUCGGCCGAUCCACCUUUUGGCCUUGGUAUGAAUGGAACCAAUCACGUACCUGAUACUAAAACUCAUAAUAACUGGCUCAUGGAUUUAAAAUACACUUGAUGUUAUCGGAACCUGGGAAAAUAGGAAACAAUUUUAUUUAAUUAAUGCUACUAAUAAUAAUUAGUAUACAAUACGCUGUGCAACAGUAUUCCCAGUACUGCAAUUUUAACGCCUCUAUAAAAAUCACAAGAUAGUUGGAUAGAGUCGUUAACGAAAAUAAAGUGCGUUUAUAAUUGCUACAACGUGGCCCAGAUAAAAAGUUGUUAUGUCAUUGUGUGACCUGUCGACUCAAAACUCUCAUUUUUUGAAUUGCUGAUUGUUUUGUAUGCCGUAGUAAAAAAUGUUUACUUUUUAUUCGUUAUUAUAAUACAGGAAAUUUCUGUUACGUUAUCAAAUUUAGUAGCAACUAAAUACAUUUAAAUAUAUUAAUAGUUUUUCAGUUAAUAAUCUGAAUUUAUUAUUGUAUUGACAAGUAACAGAAAUUCGCUAUAUUUUACUGUGAUAAUAUCGUUUGUAAGUAGAUAAAUAUGUUGAGUAAAUGGCACUGCAUAGUGGACACUAACUUACACUUUCACUAUUCAAGUCAGAACAAAAUAAAUGCGAUUGCGAUAAAAAAAAGAUAUAGCGAAUAGCAAUUCCGUGUUACUUUAUUAUCCUACAUUUUUUAGUUUUCAUCCCAAAAACCAGGCUGUAUAAUUAAAAAAACUGUAGGUUUGAAAUAGUCCGACGUCCAGUUUAAAAAAAUGUGUCCAUUUUUACUAUGGCAAUUAUUAUUUUUUUUGUAAUUUAUAUUGCUCUUAGCCCUGCGGCUUUGACGGCGUCACGGGGAGAGUAAAUAUGACAGAGCAACACAAAAGUAUAUCGAGUCAAAAUAUUAAUUUAAAUCAUGACAUUUGUAUUUUUAAGUCUUUUAAUAAAUCGAAACUACUUUCGACGUUCUAUUAUUUUUAUAUUUUUGCCUUUCAAGUUUAUACUAAGCUUCGUUUUAUUAUAAUGCUUCCCGUUACAUUUUACAACUAUGAGUAGGCUUUAAUACCUUCCUUAAAAUAAUAGCGACAUAAUUUUCUUUGUAAUAACUGAGAUAGAGGUACGAAAUUCUCGAUUUGUUUUGAAACAAGCCAGUCGUUACAGCCACGCUAAAUUAUUGU